GAUUCCCGGAAUCACGGAGGAACCGCGUUGCAUGUAGCCGUCGGCUGCAAGCUUGCUCUUCCCGAUGGAUCCCAUAGUGCUAGAGAGCAACGCGUCCGACUUGGGUGGCGAUCACCAGCAACAGCAGCAGCAACAACAACAAUCUCAGCAUCAGCAACAACAGCAGUACGGCGAAGUGAAUCAAUUGGGUGGUGUAUUCGUGAACGGUCGGCCCCUGCCCAACGCGGUCAGGUUGCGAAUAGUAGAGCUUGCACAGCUGGGCAUCAGGCCGUGCGACAUCUCGCGGCAGCUGCGGGUCAGUCAUGGUUGUGUCAGCAAGAUCUUGGCCCGUUACCACGAGACAGGCAGCAUACUGCCGGGCGCGAUCGGCGGCAGCAAGCCCCGGGUUACCACCCCCAAAGUGGUCCAGUACAUCAAACAGCUGAAGCUCAAGGACCCAGGGAUCUUCGCCUGGGAGAUCAGGGACAGACUGCUGUCCGACGGGGUCUGCGACAAGUACAACGUGCCUUCGGUGAGCAGCAUCUCCAGGAUACUGAGGAACAAGGUCGGCGUCGCGACCGCGUUACACCAUCAUCCCCAUCAUCCGGCGCAUCACCACCAUCAUCAUCAUUUGUACGCGGCCGCAGCUGCCGCGGGUGCCGCGCUUUGCCCUGUCCCUUAUCCGCCGACGCCUUAUCACGCGACGCCGCCGCCUGUAACGCAUCACCAUCACCAUCAUCACCAUCAAGCUGGACCGACGACACCGAACAAGCUGUCGCCCGCCACGUCACCGCCCUCGAUCCAUGCUGCUCACCAGACGACGACCGCCGGCAGUCUUCAGUGGCCCAGCCCCCACACCGUUCACGACAUCCUCGCCACUGGCUGCAAUCUGACCAGCUCGCCGUCGUCCUCGUCGCCGACGUCGCCGAUCUGCGCGACAAUCAACAACAAUCACCAUCACCACGGCCAUCAUCAUCAUCAUAAUCACCAGAGCAACGAGAACGCCGCUGGUAACGACAACAACAACAGCGAGGAGGGAUACCAUCAUCCUCAUCCGCAUCACCAUCACCAUCAUCAUCAGCAGUAUUACGCAUCCGCGCUCUACCAUCACCACCAUCACCAUCAUCACGCGGACACCAUGACGCCCGUGGUGACUGCCCCGUCGGUUCUCACUGUUCAAUCGAUCAUGAUGCAGUCCUCCGUGGUGAACAGUCAACCCGCCAGUCCAUGCAACUGA